UCUGCCGCCAAACUGAAGGUGAAACUAAAAGAUUGAAUCUCACUUAACUUCAGGUGACUGUACACGUCAAAGGUUACAAUUUCUUAAUUAUUGGAAAAUGAACAUGGAUGUAAAGGUGUCAGAGAAGAUCAACUGAAGACUAAAGGAGGAGACAAUGUCCACUAGAGCUGCUUUCAGUGAUCCUCCUGUCAGGAGAAGAAACAGCAAGGAGAGGAUUGUCCCAAACUUGAGUGAUCUGAGGAUUGUUCUUCUGGGUAACAGCGUUUCAGAAACCAGCAGAGUGGGAAACUUCAUCUUAGGGAGAGCAGUGUUUGAUACUGAAGCUCCUUCAUCUGAUUUAGAUCAGUACUGUGAAAGAGUCAGAGGAAAACGCAUGAUGGUCAUCAACACUCCUCUCCUGCUCAACCCAGAUCUCUCACUACGCCACAUCACACAGGGAGUGAGAGAGUUUGUUUUUCUGUCUGCUCCAGGACCUCAUGUGAUCAUUCUGGUCCUCAAUCAUGAUGAGUGUUCGAGAGAAGAGGCAGUAUGUGUGGAGUUCGUGCUCAACUCUCUCUCUGACCGUGUGUUUGAACACACAAUAGUGCUCACAACACAAGAGCCAGAAAGAGUUGAGCUGAAUGAAGUCAAUGAUAUUAUAAAGGAAAUUAUCCAAAAGUGCUUUAACAGACACUACAGACGGGGAAAAAACAGCACAUCUGCUGAUCUGAUAGCGACACUUGAGGAAAUUGUGCAAAGCAAUGAUGGGCGUCCCUUGAUUUGUUACAAAUAUCUGCAUUAUACUGUAGAAGCCACUGAACAAGCAUCAGAAUUGGAAACAUUUUGUAAAAAGCAAUCUGAGGUCUAUCAGUCUGUUGACACUGACCAUCUGGAAACAUCAAGAGAACCAAGCACUAAAACCAUGGAAAUACACCACAGAAGUAGAGAGACCUUAAGUGUUGUCCAUGAAAUAAAGAACAACUGGAGCAGUAAAAUAGGAGAUGACAGCAAUGAAACCCUGCCCAUCUUUAAACUCCUGCUGGAGGAACAUGGAAGAACAGUGAUGGAUUCUGCAGAAGAUGCACAUUUGGGAAAAACAUUACAAAGAGAACAAGACUAUUAUGAUGGUCGGAGCCACUGGUGCAGGAAAAACCACCCUCAUUAACAGCAUGAUCAACUACAUUCUGGGAGUGAAAUGGGAAGAUGAUUUCCGGUUUGUGCUGAUAGAUGAAGGACGGCAGAAAUCCCAGGCUGAAAGUCAGACAUCAGAGAUCACAGCAUAUCAGAUUAACCACAUGGAUGGUUUCCAGGUUCCAUAUUCUCUGACCAUUGUGGACACACCAGGCUUUGGAGACACCAAAGGAAUUAAACAAGACCAGAAACUCACAGCUCAGAUUCAGGAGUUCUUCUCUGCCCGUGGAGGAAUCGACUGCAUUGAUGCCGUGUGUUUUGUAGUUCAGGCUUCACUUGCUCAUCUGACGCACACACAGAAAUAUGUCUUUGACUCCAUUCUCUCCAUAUUUGGGAAAGAUAUUGCUGAAAACAUCAUGGUGAUGGUCACCUUUGCAGAUGGGAAAAAACCUCCAGUUCUGGAGGCCAUCAAAGUCUCUGAGGUUCCCUGUUCUACAGAUGAGUCUGGAGAGCCGCUUCACUUCAAGUUCAACAACUCUGCUGUGUUUGCAAACAUUAAUAAAUCUGCAGACGACGAGGACUCUGACUGUGAAAACUUUGACCAAAUGUUCUGGAAGCUGGGAAUUUCUAGCAUGAACAAAUUCUUCACAUGCCUCAGUAACAUGGAAACCAAUGGUUUAACUCUGACACGAGAGGUUCUGAAAGAGAGAAAGCUGCUCGAGGUGUUUGUGGAAGGCCUGCAGCCUCAGAUCAGUGCUGGUCUGACAAAACUGGAUGAAAUAAAGAAGACAAGAGCUGCUCUGGAACAAAACAAGGCUGAGAUGGAUGCAAACAAAGAUUUUGAAUAUGAAGUAGAAGUAACUCUCCAAAAUGGUUGUAGUUAUCUCAAAGAAAAGAGAAAGGAAACCUAUCAGGAAUUAAAAAAGCGAUAUAAAGAAGCAUAUGGAGAGGUCAUGAUCAAAGAAAAGAUCUUUGAAAAGCUUGAAAAUGAGCUUGAGGUUGUCCAGAAUAUUGUCACUGGACUAAUUGUGAAAUCUAAGAAGUCAUUAGACCGUCUUCAGGAAAUCGCUCUCAAGCCCAAUCUUCUGUCCACCCCUGACUACAUCGAUAUGAUCAUUGAGUCUGAGAAACAUGAAGCCAAGCCUGGAUUUACAGAUCGCAUUCAGUCUUUAAUGGAGGUCAGGAAGAAAGCAGAGCUCAUCAGUAAGAUUUCAACAGGAGGAGUGAUCUGGAACAAGAAAUAA